AUGCGAGUUGUUCCCGUUCCCGUCCGCAGCGAUAACUAUGCGUACCUUCUGAUAGAUGAAGCUACCAAGAAGGCUGCCGCAGUGGAUCCAUUCGAUGUACCUAAGGUUCAGGCUCAGGCCGAGAAGGAAGGAGUUGAACUGGCGGCUCUUAUUACUACUCACCACCAUCCCGACCAUUCUGGAGGCAAUAAGGAAUUCCAUUCCGCCUAUCCGGAUGCUCCAGUGUACGGCGGUUCGGACAACGUCCCGGCACUCACUCAUCGCGUAAAAGAUGGCGAUACGUUUUCCGUCGGUGAGAAUAUCAAAGUGGAGUCUGUCCCGACUGUCUAUACCCGACCCAGCACACAGACUCACAUUCCAUCAUGGUCAGGUGCCUGGCUACCCCGUGCCACACGCAGGAUUCGAUUUGUUAUUAUGUUCAGGAUACAAUUCGACCAGAACAAAAAGGAGUCUUUACCGGGUACCGCUCCAGAGAUGCAUAAGGCAUUGUCAUAUCUUGGAGCCCUUCCAGAUGAAACGGUGGUAUACAAUGGGCAUGAAUAUACGAAAGCCUCGCUGGCCUUUGGAGCUCAUAUUGAUCCUGAUGCUCCAGGAAUGAACAGGUUGCGGGAGUUAGCUGAGGAGAAAGUCACCACCGGAAAGUCAACCAUUGCAGAUGAGAAACAAUGGAAUGUGUUUAUGAGACUUGACAGUGAAGCAGUGAGACAGGCAACCAAGGCCCAAGAUGACGUAGAAGCGAUGGCCAAGCUGCGCGAAAUGAAAAACUCGUUUCGGGGGUAA